UUGGAUUUUAUUCUAAAUAUAGGAAGCCAGGAGUUAUUUUAAAAAUAAAUAGGAAUCACAAGAGGUAUUUUAAAAAUAAAAAAUAAAAAACUCUAGUUACUCUGUCGGAAAUGAAUUGGAAAUGACCAAACUGGUAGCUUGUGGCAGAACGGAAACAUAAUCUAUUGUCCUGGCUUAGAGGAAGGGAUAAAUAUUUACUUAGCAAGCCUUUACGUGCCAAGCUGUUCUAAACGCUGAGGAUGAACAAACCAGAGUUCCUGCCUUCACGGUGUUCACACACUAGCGGGCAGAAGACAGACACAGCACGUGUGGCGGUGUAGAGGGCUUGGUUGCAAGAGCAGAUAAGGAGGACCCUGGCGACUGCCUAGUCCAAAAGUCCUAGCUAGAGCAAGAUCAACUUGUACUGCCCUUAGUACAGCCACGUGAGUGGGGUGACCAUCGACCUUAACCAAAAAGAUGUCAAGGCUUUCCUCCUCCUCACUCCCGCGUCCCCGGUCCCAGCGAGUCUUCCAGCUAGACCCCAACAGCCUCAGCACACACCGCAUGGGGCGACAGCUUCCGGGGGCGGGGCCCGGUCUCGCUCGGCGUCCACCGCGCCUGCUCCCCUGACGAAACCCGCGGACAGGGCUUUAGGUUCGCCGGAAUCCCACGCUCCUGACUUCUGCUUCCGGGUCGGAGCCAUGGCGGUGGCAAAUUCAAGUCCUGUUAACCCCGUGGUGUUCUUUGAUGUCAGCAUUGGCGGUCAGGAAGUUGGCCGCAUGAAGAUCGAGCUCUUUGCAGACGUUGUGCCUAAGACGGCCGAGAACUUUAGGCAGUUCUGCACCGGAGAAUUCAGAAAAGAUGGGGUUCCAAUAGGAUACAAAGGAAGCACCUUCCACAGGGUCAUAAAGGAUUUCAUGAUUCAGGGUGGAGAUUUUGUUAAUGGAGAUGGUACUGGAGUCGCCAGUAUUUACCGGGGGCCAUUUGCAGAUGAAAAUUUUAAACUUAGACACUCAGCUCCAGGCCUGCUUUCCAUGGCAAACAGUGGUCCGAGUACAAAUGGCUGUCAGUUCUUUAUCACCUGCUCUAAGUGUGAUUGGCUGGAUGGGAAGCAUGUAGUGUUUGGAAAAAUCAUCGAUGGACUUCUAGUGAUGAGAAAGAUUGAGAAUGUUCCCACAGGCCCCAACAAUAAGCCCAAGCUGCCUGUGGUGAUCUCACAGUGUGGGGAGAUGUAGUCCAAAGACUGAAUCAGUAUAGCUUGCUCGACUUCAAGGCCAUAAACCAAGAGUGUGGAGUGCCCUUUCUCUUACCUCUGGGACCGAAACCUGCAAGGAAGAAGGAUUACUUUUUGUUCUGGACCUCCACAGAGAGCCAUCAGAGUCUGACAAAAAGAACAAAGGCUUUGGAGCCAAGUAGACCAGGAAGCCCCACCACUGUCUAAUUCUGUGACUUUAGUCAAGCCAUGAAACCCCUUGGGACCCUACUCCUUUGCAUAAUUAGAUAAUAUAUAAUGCAUGGAGUUGUGAAGGGCAAAUAAAUGAGACAGUAUGCUUGACCAUAAA